CGGGCGGACAUUUCUGCGGUAGACGGCGUGCUGGUCACGAUGUCUCGCUCCGUGGUGGCCUUGGCCCUGCUGGCGCUGCUCUCUCUGCCUGCCCUGGACGCCGUCGUGCGUACUCCAAAAGUGCAGGUUUACUCAAGGCACCCAGCAGAGGAUGGAAAGCAAAAUUUCCUGAACUGCUAUGUGUCUGGAUUUCAUCCACCCCAGAUUGUGAUUGAGUUGUUAAAGAAUGGAAAGAAGAUGGAAAAUGUGGAGCAAUCAGACUUGUCUUUCAGCAAGGACUGGUCUUUCAAUACCCUGGCCCACACUGAAUUCGUCCCCAAUGAAAAGGACGAGCUUGCCUGCCGAGUGAAUCACACUGCUUUUGGUGGGCCCAGGAUCUUUAAGUGGGAUCGAAACCUGUAACCAGCAUGAUGCAGGUUUGAAGAUGCCUCAUUUGGACGAGAUUAAUUGCAAACUGUGUUUAUUUUUCUUUUUAAUAUUGAUAUGCUUGUAUACUUCAUGCAUAAAAUUUAGGAAGUUAUAAUGCUAACACAGACAUCAUCUUCUUUAUAAUUCUCUGUUGGGCACUGUCUAUGUUUGGGGUAUGUAGCACUAGGAGGGCAACUUAGAGGUGGUACAGGUGAGGUACAGAAAAGGGAAGUGAGGAGAGAAUUCUCAUGUCCAACAUCAACAUCUUGGUCAAAUCUGAACUCUGCAAUCACAUCUGCACACAAGUAGGAUAAUAAGACAAUUAGGCAUGUUUAAGUUAACUUCCAACUUGCUAACUCUGCUUAGAUUUUGGGAAAAUUUUUAGAAAUAUAAUUGAAAGAAUUAUUGGAAAUUGUUUAUAAUAGAUGAAAUAUUUUCUCAUAUGAAAUUCAUAUUUACUUCUGUUAAAGUGGGCAAGAUACCAUUCUUUUGACUUCAUUUUUAUUUCACUAAUUAAACCACUAAUAAAUCUU